CAAUCCGUCGCAGUAGUCAUUACCUUUACUGUGCGCCGGAAGGAAGCUCUACCAGAGCAUUGGGAAUUAUGGCGGCGGUAGAUAUCCGAGAUAAUCUGUUGGGAAUCUCUUGGGUUGACAGCUCUUGGAUCCCCAUUUUGAACAGUGGUAGUGUCCUGGAUUACUUUUCAGAAAGAAGCAAUCCUUUUUAUGACAGGACAUGUAAUAAUGAAGUGGUCAAGAUGCAGAGGCUAACAUUAGAGCACUUGAAUCAGAUGGUUGGAGUUGAAUACAUCCUUUUACAUGCUCAAGAGCCCAUUCUUUUCAUCAUUAGAAAGCAACAGCGGCAGUCCCCUGCUCAAGUUAUCCCACUGGCUGAUUACUAUAUCAUUGCUGGAGUCAUCUAUCAGGCACCAGACUUGGGAUCAGUUAUAAACUCCAGAGUGCUUACUGCAGUGCAUGGUAUUCAGUCAGCUUUUGAUGAAGCUAUGUCAUACUGUCGAUAUCAUCCUUCCAAAGGGUAUUGGUGGCACUUUAAAGAUCAUGAAGAGCAAGAUAAAGUCAAACCUAAAGCCAAAAGGAAAGAAGAACCAAGCUCUAUUUUUCAGAGACAGCGUGUGGAUGCUUUACUCGUCGACCUCAGACAAAAAUUCCCACCCAAAUUUGUUCAGCAAAAGUCUGGAGAAAAGCCUGUCCCAGUGGAUCAGACAAAGAAAGAGGCAGAGCCUCUCCCAGAAACUGUGAAGUCUGAGGAGAAGGAGAGUGCAAAGAAUGUUCAGCAGACUGUGAGCACCAAAGGUCCCCCUGAGAAACGAAUGAGACUUCAGUGAAUAGUGGACAAGAAAGAAGCUGGCAGGUUCCUUGUCAGUUACUGUACCUCAGCACCAUGGGAGGUUCUUGAGUCUUAAAAUACUAUGGACGCCCUCUCAUUUGUAUGGAAUGCACUUGUUAUUUACAAAAGGACAUUCUCCCUACCAUGAUUUCUAUGUGCAUAUUUCUUAUGUAUCUUUUGUAACCUUUCCUCUACUGGACAUGAGCAGUGUACCUAACUCACAGAUAAACUAGUAUAUAUCUUUAAAAACAAUAAAGUUAUUUGUAUAUAUUA